UUUUAUUUUUCUUUCCCACCCGCCAUCACCUCAAUUCCUCCGGCAUUCUCCUGUCUUUAUAAUCCAACCUCUCAGCUUCUUUCUCAUUCUCUUUGCACCUCUCCGUCUCUUCCUUUCCCUGCAGCUACUCUCUAUCGCCCACCUUGUUCCUUUACUUUUUUUCUUCUUUACCCCACGUUGAUGGCACAUCUUCAUACAAGCGGAAUCUCGUAUUAGCCGCGUUUAGCAGUGAGUGGUUUGCGGUUAACGCGUAAAAAAAGAAGCAAGAGAAAGAACGAAAAGCGUAGUCAAUCUCUAGGGGGGAUCUUAUGUAUUACGGACUGUCUGUUCUCCUUUGAGGUUCGGCAGUGGAGUGAGAUGUGCUCGCGAGUACUGUUUAGCUUGUAUCAGCGCGUGUACUAGUCGGUCCUCGCUGUUCUCUAUAAAAGUGAUACCAAUUUAUAACGGAUCUUACAACUGGUCGUGUCGUGUUGAUUGCUGCGGGUGCCACGUGUCCUGUGAUUGAAGAUGUUUCCAUGAUAGCAUCUUGUUCGGAGAAGACUGCUGAUCCUGUGUUGGAGGCCCCGCUGUGUUGAUCUCUGUUUAGUCUAGACACUCUGCUUUUAGACUCUUCCAUCGUAAAUCGUUUGAAUGGGUUUAGAAGGAAAGAAGGGCCAGGUUUUACACGGUUUGUUCAAAAUCACACAUCACACAAUCAAACCAGAGGUGCGUACCAUCUAAUAGCUGUGCAUGCGGCCCAGCUCACCACCGCACAGAAAAAAGCAAGGCCGUGUGAGCGCGUGUGGCUAGACAGGAGUCCUCGGAGACCAAAGACUUGAGGCCGGGAAAAGCUUUCUCUCAUUCACUCCUCCUCUUUCAUCCUUCUCUCAGCUCUUCCGACUGCCAAGCUGGAACCUUCACCAAAUGCAAUAAUAGUAUGCACAGUUUCCCAUCUGCCAUUUCUUUACGAGAUGUGCAAACCAGCGAGCACUUCUUACUGUUACUCUUGCUAUUGUUUGUGGGUUAUUUUCAUCACAGAGGAGUUCCAAGGAAUAUAAGUUUCAGUGCACCUGGACCCAGAGGUUUACUAUGUGAAUGAUCCACAAGGAUUCUGGUACCUCCGAGAUACUGGCCGAAACCUGUGGAGUUACCGAGACGUCGGAAGAGUAUUCGACUGAUGCCACAGUGAGGUUCCUCCAUCAGGUGCAACUAGAGUAUAACUCUUUCACUUGUGAGUCGUGCAAACAAUGUAUUAAACAGAGACAAAGCAAGACAAUCGUCUUCCCUCAGGUCAUUCAUCCCUCUACAAUGAUGUGUGAAGAGGAGAAUGAUGUUAUCCCUUGGGAGUUUGCUUGAGUGAAAGAGCUCUUUCAACAUCAUCCAUAACCGAGUGUUUGUGUUCACUUACGUGAUUGUAAUUCCAUCCUUUAAAGUUGGGUACAAAAUUUACUCCCUUCAGGCGUCAGGCAAAGAGGAUCACAGGAUAAUAUCUAUAUAGCAUGGGAUAGUGAACUUUAGGAGAAAACAACUUUAUAAUCGGAAGCCAUUCAGAGACAGAGAGUUUGCUGUCUGUGGGAUGGCCGACAGGCCGUGCUGACAGCGCUCUCAGCGCGCGUCAUGACUGCUGUAUAAUGGAUCCAGGGAAAUCGCUUGACUUUGGAUAGGUCUUUACCAUGGGUCAAGAAUGACCUCAGGGCGUACGCAAGGCCUGGUGCUCCUCAAGGCAACAGCUCACAUCUGUUAGCCUGGGUGCCGUACUCCCGACGACCACGAUCCUCGCAAGCAGGUAGCACCUACUUCUGAGAACUUGUAGCUUUCUCACUGGAUUCUGCAGCGCAGCAGGUAAGGCGGUGGACGAUGCCUAUGUCCGAACUAAGGGAAAUCGUGGUAACAGUCGGCCAAGUGUUGUUGUUGUUGCUGCUGCUGCUGCUGCUGGUCCCCGAGUCUCCCGCCCAGUCCCUGCCCUACCGCCACACGAGCGUCGUGCCGUGGCCAGAGAGGAGCACGUUCACAGACAGCCACAUACUGCUCAAGGACUCGGAGCAGGACAAGUACCUCUUCAGAGGCGUACCCACCAACUUCACAUUCACGAUCGCUCAGAACGGCUCUAUGCUCAUCACGAUAACGCCGUGUGCUUCUGAAGUCUCCUGGGACCUCUACCUCAAGCCAGACCGGAAGAGGAGAAGAGGGAACUGGGAGGGCCAGCAGCUUCGAGGGGAGGCCAACGUAGCCCAACACCUUCAUCACUUCAAGGGCGACAACCGGUCCACGUACCACCAGAUGGACGCCGAGGCAGGCGCCUAUAUUGUAGUCAUCUCCUCACUGAAGAGCGACUCUUACGUCAAGAUCCUUGUCACAGCCAACCCCAACCCGCUGCUCACCGGCUUCUACCCAGCUCUAUCGAACGACAAUGCAUUGCGCGCUGAGACGAGGAAAAGAAACAUUGUGGUCAACUGGCAACACGGUAACUCAGCCAACCAACAAUGGUCACGUUCUGUGGAAUACUGCAUCGUCAUCUCUCGCCUUAGAAACUUUAAAAGUCACUGCGGCGCUCUGGCCUACCUCCAUGGAGAUAAGCGUCCAAAGUUCACAAACUGGGGGUUUCCUGGACAGCGGCAGAAGCAGCGAGAGUUACGACGCAAAGCCAAACCAAUCAAAAAAGAGUCGCCAAAGAUGAUAUUCCACCAGUGUGUUGGCAAUAAAACGUCGUUCACUUAUGCUAAAGCCAGACGUGCGAAAAAGUACUUUGUAGACGUGUUUGUCAUAGACAAAGACUCCAACAGAGCAUCAGCCUAUCGAGGGACCUCGGUGAAAAUCGGAGGCAAGAAAAGAAACCCGAAUAUCCGAAUGAAAGUUGGGGAAACAAAAACAGUUAAUCUUAAGAAAAAGAAGGGGGUUAUCUUCAAAUUGAAAAGAACGGUACCAAAACUUGGCGUUGAAGUGAUCCCCUGUGCGGGGAAAACACCGUUUGAAAUUACCUACAAAGGUAAGAAAAUCAAAUCUAAGACAAUUGUAAGGCGAUGGAAAUCCCACGUGAUUCACAACGCCAAGCCAGGUACCUACCUCAUGACAUUCCCUGGUAAAAGGAGAAAGAAAUCAUACGUGACUGUCUACCUUACCUCCACACCCACACGGUCAAAACUGACUCUGCCAAAGAAAACCAAAAUCCAUGUCUUUGAAAAGCUGACGACGUGCUCGAAAGUGACCCUCGCUUGGAUGGGAACGGAUGUGGAACAGAAUUAUUGCCUCUACAAGAAGGCACUCAAUAAAAAGGGCCAGGACUCUCGGAAGGACAGUUGUAUGAACGCGGCCGAGCGUCCGACAAAUGAUCGUCAGCUCUGUACGUCACACAGUUCGCAAGACCCCAAACGUCAGGUGGUGGCCUACAAUGUGACAGGGUUAAACCCGGGUACUUGGUACCGCUUUGACGUCUUUGUCAGUAUUGGAAACUCGGCAUCAGUGCAGUACAGAAGCGUCAAAGUGAAGACGCAGGAGGAUUGCAAUGGAUAACGGUCAACCAUUAACGUUGAGGCUUUGUUUGUAAUACCUUUGACUCAAAUACUGUCAAAGAAAGAGUAUGUGUCGGAGGAGGAGAGAGAGCGUCAUCUAGAGCGACGAAAGGCAACAAGGGAGAAAUUCUGAAUGCCGAUCCGAUGCCGAUUUUGCUCGUAUAUUUGAUGAUGCUGAAAAGUAACAUUAAGGGGACUUAAGGCUUGUUUGGGUGCUUUUCCACGGAACGUAAAUCAAAAUGGAAUUAUUAUUUUUGAAACAAAUGACGAUCAAACUUAAUAAAUUCACCAAGGGUUAUUGUUCACUGCCACUUUCAUGUUUAGUUAUAGUAUAGCUGUGCUUUUAUGUGCUUUCUUAUUCACAAAAACGCAAAGUACAAUAAGUAUACCAUUUUUACUAGCGAGUAAUGUUGUUAAACUGAUAAGUUAUGCAUGGCCAGUAAUUCUCCCAGAAGAAGUUAGAAAAUCUGAAGACCACUUUUUUCAUAUCACAGCGGGUGAAUAUUCCUGGAAAAUAUCAACAUGACGUCGAAAGCUCUGAUCAUAAUAUUUUUAUGACUCAUCAAAUUGGCAAUAGAUGGCAAAAAUGUGGGCAGAAUCGAUCAUUCCAGAUUACUACACUUCCACACUGGAUCAACUCCUUUAGAUUUGCUCACGAUCUUCAGUCUCCCUUGCUGUCAAAAAAAACAAAAAAACUGGUGGACUCCAAACCUCGUCAUGGCCGUGGAGAAAGGAACGAACAGCUAUCGUUUUUGCACCAUUUUCUUGAGAGAGGAUUUCAAAAACGUCAUAGCUGAGUAGGAAGUACUCCAAUGAAAAGGGAUCUCGAAUUUUAUUGUCUCGAGCGUGCUGGCAACUCGAGGUGUCGGCGACUGAAGUCAAUGAGUGGAAACGAUAAAUCCAACGAGAUCACGAAACGAUAACGCUAUUCUUCGUAAGUAAUUACGAACAAACAAAACCGCUGGAAAUGAUGUGUUGGUUUAGACAAUUCGACAUGGAACCAGCCACGGCUGUGGAUACAGUGCGACUUUAUUUAUUUAUUCAUCAAUCUUUUAUUUACUUACUCAUUUAUACUGACAUUUAUUCAUACAUAUAUUUCGUUUUGCGAUGAUUAAUUUGCGUAUAGCAGUUAUAUUGUGUUCUCAAAGAAUAGCAUAAUAUGUAGAUUUCAACAAAACUGAGCUACGUAAGCUUUUGGAACACUUUUGGCGUAUUUAUUAGGCAUAUCCUUUCUUAUAAUUUUGUUAUCUGCUGUCCUUGUAAGAGACCUUUUUCACAAAUCCUUUGUUGCUGUUGAAAGAUCAGUGGCUUAUUAUGUAAUGUUUAUGCUUUAUGCGAGCUUUUUGCCAAGGACGAUGAACGCAACAAUCUCAGUAGUGAUGGACAAGCUACAAUGGCAAGGUAUAUGAUGUGCAAUACUACAGUGCAAUAUAUUCACACAUCCAAGAGAGACAAACGGAACAGUUUGCCUCUUUUUCUGGUAUUUCUACAUUUAUGAAUAUUCAGACCUAUUUGUCUUCUGUUGACAGUCACCAUCUAUGUGUUGUCUCGUGGAGUUUUGUUGGGCUUUUUUAUUAUUCUUCGUGAACCUAAUGUGUAAUAAUUUGUACUGUGCUCAUACCGCAAGAUCAUCAUUUUUUUAAAAAUUAAAAUUAUUGGAACUGUAUUCUCAAUUUUAUUGUCAAUGAAUAUACACAUUUCAAUAUCGCUAUUUUCUUUCAAGGAGACAGUUUUUAUCAUGAUAUGAUAUAUGUUCCAACCUCGUUUAAUACGUAUUGACAGUCGUUCAGUCGUUUUUAUUUUAUGUUUCGUUGUUAGUGCUUUAUCAAAUACUAUUCAAAUCAGCUGUUAUGCUCACAGACAGUACAUUAUUCUGAACGUACAAUCACACUUGUGCUAUGCGUUGUCUUAGGUUGUAUUAAUUUGUUGUUAUUACUACAAUAAUAUUAUAUGUAUAUCGGUUUGAUGCUGUUAUGAUUCAUAUAUUAUUUCAAACAUUGUAUUGUUCAUGUUUUGUUUCGUGGUCUGUGGGAUUUUUGUUGUUUUUUCCCUCGCUUAUAACAAUGGUCAUGGGCGCGUUAUGAUGAGGAAAAAUUGAAAACAAGCUCGUUUUGACAAUCUCUAUUUAUUAAACAUGUUUCAGAAGGCAUUA